UCCCUCAUCCUCCUCUCGGGAGCAACAGUCCUGCUGUUCCUCCUACUCCUAGCUGGCGCCUUCGACCGGCGUCCUCUAAACCGGAUCUUCUUCCUGCAAGCGGACACCACGGGAAUCCCCAACGCACCCAACGGGAUCACGCACUGGACACUCUACAACCACUGCUCCUCCCACAACGGGAUCAACACCGCCUGCGGCCCCAACAGCGCCGCAUACCCAAUCGACCCCGUGCGGAACUUCGGCACCCGCACCGGCAUCCCUUCCUCCUUCGUGCAUCACCCCUCGAAGUACUUCUACCUCUCGCGCUUCCUGUACGCAUUCUACAUCAUCACUUUAUUCUUCACCCUGUGCGCCCUGGCGCUCUCCCUCGCCGCCUGCCUCUCGCCAUUAGCUACCUACCUCGCCACAGCCUGUGCCUUAGCCGCAACCCUGAGCGCCGCGUUCUGCGCGGCCGUAAUGACCGCCGUCUACGAAAUGGCCGCGCGCGCUUGGCGCCACGACGGCAGGCAAGCCCGCAUCGGCGUCAAGGCUACUGCGUUCACGUGG